GCAUGACGUAAAAAUGAUCAAAGGAUUAGGUUGAGGUUGAAGCAUCUGAUUCUUAUCUGAUGAAGCGCAUAUUGUAGGAACAAAUUUUGAAGUUAAAGACGGUAAAGUUGCAGUUUUUGCCGAUGGAAGGAGGAUGGUGCGACGCAAAGAAUGCGAUAAAUCUGGCAACAGAGGGACGAGCGUGUAGUAGAAAAUCGCCAAACAAACAGUGGUAAAGUUUUGUCUUGCAGGCAAUGUGGACGAUUAUUUCGCUGUUUCUUCAGAAAAAUUACGCGGUUUUGCAAACAGUAAAUUGUUAAGUGCAAAGUUUUCAUGUAGCAUCGAACUCCAUGGGUGAACUACACGAUUUAGACGCCAAAACUUCCAUUCUCAAGCUGAGAAAACGGCCAAGAAGAGCCGAAUGAUUUUUUACGGGAAAUCGAGCCCUUUCGCCGAUCCCCGGCGUAUCAGGGGGUGCCUCUGAUGGCAGGCAAGUCUUCAGCCAUGUGGUUAGGGAUCUUGCGGCCCUGUGCCAUUAUCUUGGCGUUUCAAUUUUUUCUCUUUCUGCCGCUGUCAUUCAAAGUGGAGGCAGCUGAACUUCUCUACCCUGUUCCAGAACAUGGCAUUUGCAAAAGUUUGGACAUCCGAAAUAAAAUCGACUCGUUCAAGCAAUUGGAAGGUUGUCAGGUUAUCGAAGGUUCCUUGCAAAUCCUUCUUUUUGACAACCUAAAUGAAACUGAGUUUAGUCAGAUUUCAUUUCCAGCUUUAAGGGAAAUAACUGGCUACUUCCUACUUUUCAGAGUGAACAGUCUGAAAACUGUGGGCCAGUUAUUUCCAAACCUAGCAGUAAUUCGGGGACAGCAUCUAUUUCCAGGAGGAAAAUCUUUGGUCAUUUUCGAAAUGGCUUCACUCCAGGAAAUUGGAUUGCACUCUCUAACGCAUAUUAUGAAUGGGAAAGUCCACAUAGACAGAAACCCGUCUCUUUGCUUCGUACAUAGCAUUGACUGGACGAAAAUAAUUUCUACAGAGGAUCCAACAUUUAUCAAAAGCCUUAAGCCAGAGAAUGAGUGUCCAGUGUGUCCUCAGGCAAUCAACGGCAAAGCCUGUCCACGCAAUGAGCGGAAUAAAAAUAACAACAACAAUAAGUACCUUUGCUGGAACAGGAAUCACUGUCAGAAAAUCUGCACAGGCUGCGGGAAACGGUCUUGUAAUGAUGAAGGAGAAUGUUGUCAUCCACGGUGCAUUGGUGGCUGUGGAGCCGACACUACAAAGUGUUUUGCCUGCCAGGAGUUUGUUUUUAGUGCGGGAGAAGAUGAUUCCUCCAAGUGCGUGCAAAUGUGUCCCAGGAAUUAUUUGGCUUAUCUCGAAAGACGAUGUGUAACACAUUCGGAAUGUGUCAACAUGACUAGACCCAUCGACUUUGAAGAUAGUGACUCUGAAACAACUGAUUUAAUCGAACAUCCGUAUAAAAUUCAUGAUGGUUCAUGCGUUUUACAUUGCCCUCCAAAUUACUCCGGUAAUUAUACAGACCACAGCUGUAGCAAGUGUAAUAAUACGUGCAGAAAAGAAUGUCCUGGAGCCAGAAUAGACAGUAUUAACCUUGCUUCACAGUUAAGAAGCUGCACCCAUAUAACAGGUUCUGUAGAGAUUCAAAUAAAAGGCGGCAACCAAGUGGUCAAAGCUUUACAGGAGAAUUUGGGCAUGAUUGAGGAAAUCGAUGAUUAUCUCAAAGUAGUUCGAUCUUUUUCAUUGCUUAAUUUGAAUUUUUUUAAAAGUCUUAGGAGAAUCGGUGGAAGAAACUUGGAAAGCCAAAGGUACAGCAUUAUAGUUUUAGAUAACCAAAAUCUGCAAGAUCUAUUCGAUUGGAGUACACAUAAAGAUUUUAAAAUUGAUCACGGUAGAUUAUUUUUCCACUUUAACCCCAAGCUUUGUCUUGGAAAAAUUGAGGAGCUUAGGAACAAAGCCAACCUUUCAGCUUCUACCGAGAUGGAAGUAGCUCAAAACUCCAACGGCGACAAAGCCGCCUGCAUGAUGAGUAAACUGAAUGUUACUAUUGCAACUGUUUCCAGCAAAUCGGUCACAUUAAAGUGGUUUCCUUUGAAAAUCGACGAUCCCCGAAAUCUUUUACGAUACAGUGUGCAUAGUAUCGAAGCUCCAACCAAAACGGUGAACUUUUUUGACGGCCGAGACGCUUGCGGUCAAGAUAAUUGGCGAGUUGAGGAUGAAGCUAACAACUUGGAUCAGCCUGUGAUUAAGCACACUUUGAACAACCUAAAACCUUAUACUCAAUAUGCAUUUUUUGUGAAAACUUACACUAUUGCCACUGAAAAAAAUGGUGCCCAAAGCGACAUUAACUAUUUUAGAACGAAACCUUCAGAACCUUCGGCUGUGGAACAAGUUCAAAUAGUCCAAUCGUCAAGUAGUUCUUUGCGGGUUAGUUGGUCGCCCCCUCACCGGCCAAACGGAAAAAUUUCGUAUUUUAAAAUCUAUGGAACCAAGCACAAAGACAUUUCUCUGCCCAAUAGAAACUACUGCACCGAUACAGUAAUUCCGGAUAGUACGAAAUCGAAGCCAAUGGUGACACCGCAACGACCACCUCAAGUUUGCAACAACACCAACGAUAAAAUUGAUACUGAACUUACAGACGAGCAAGAGGAAGUGUUGAGAAUAGAGUUUGAAAAUGCUCUUCAUAAUAAAGUGUAUAUCAAACGACCCAGUCGCAUGCGAAGAGACGUUGAUCAAAUGCUUGAUGCGAACUCCGCAAAUUCAACGGAAAUAUCCACUGUUGAUGACCCUCACGACUAUAUGUUCUUCGAUAACAUUAAUUCUGCCGACAAAAAAAUGGAGAAUUCAACAGAACCGGCAACGCAGUUUUGGAAGACGUUUAUUUACACAGUCAAUGCAUCAGUGCUAUCAUUGGAGGUUGAUAAUCUCCGGCAUUUUACGGAAUAUGAUGUCACCAUCUACUGCUGUAGGGAAAAAGAGGAGGAUGAUCACGAAGAGCCUUGUGGAGAACCCGCGUAUGAUACCGCACAAACACUUCCGAAAAAGGGAGCUGAUAAUAUCCUGAAUGCUACCAUCGUCAACACCACUUCGAAUAGCGUCACCGUGCGCUGGGCUCAGCCAUCAGAUCCAAAUCGAAUGAUUGUUGCUGUUACCAUUAGUUACAAGCGUGAGGAUACCGAAAAUUCACAUCCUUCUAAAGAGUGUAUUUCAUUCCGAGACUUUAAAAACUACAGCAAAAAUGGCCUAUAUUUAGUGCAUACUAUUCCGAAUCUGUUGUCGGGAAAUCAUAGUCUUUUUUUGACUGCAUCGUCGUUGUAUGGCAUGGGAGAUCCAUCACCAACUCUUGUAUUUUACGUGCCCGAAAGUAGUCCCAAUACCGUCCUUAUUACAAGUCUAGUUUUGCUGUUUAUUUUUAUGUGCAUAAUGGGAGGCGCCUGGAUUUUCUACAAAAAAUCAGUGCGAGACCGGGAGAGAGCUAUUCUUGUUCCUGCUGUUAAUCCCGAUUAUCAGCCUUCAGUGUACACCAUAGAUGAGUGGGAAGUACCCAGAAAGAAUGUGGAAAUGCUUAAAGAAUUGGGGCAAGGAAGUUUUGGAAUGGUCUGGGAAGGAAUAGGACGAGAUUUUCAAAAUAUUAAAGGCUCGUUCAGAUGCGCCGUGAAGACUGUCAACGAGCAUGCCACGAGUAGAGAGAGAAUAGACUUUUUAAAUGAAGCGUCAGUGAUGAAAGCAUUCAACACCACGCACGUAGUGAAAUUAUUAGGGGUAGUUUCACAAGGGCAGCCAGCCUUGGUGAUCAUGGAACUUAUGGUCAAUGGAGAUCUUAAAACGUACUUGAGAUCUCACAGGCCGGAAAACGACGGAAAUCCCCCUCCAAGUCUGAAAGAAAUUCUGCAAAUGGCGAUUGAGAUCGCUGAUGGAAUGGCCUAUCUGGAGGGAAAGAAAUUUGUUCACCGAGACUUGGCAGCUCGGAAUUGUAUGGUAUCAGAAAACCUAACAGUCAAAAUUGGAGACUUUGGGAUGACUCGAGAUAUCUAUGAGACUGACUAUUACCGUAAGGGAUCUAGGGGCCUUUUGCCAGUCCGAUGGAUGUCACCAGAAAGCCUCAAAGAUGGGGUUUUCUCUAGCAGCAGCGACGCAUGGAGCUACGGAGUGGUCCUUUGGGAAAUGGCGACGCUGGCUUCUCAGCCGUACCAAGGACUCUCCAAUGAGCAAGUGUUAAGGUACAUAAUGGAAGGAGGAAUAAUGGAACGUCCAGAAAACUGCCCCGACAAACUUUACGAAAUAAUGAGGCUCUGUUGGGAUUUGAAGCCAGGCAGGAGGCCGACCUUCAUGCAUUUAUGCGAGAUGCUGUUGCCCGAUUCGAGUGGUCACUUUGCGAGUGUCUCAUUUUACCACAGUGCCGAAGGCGCGGAAACUCGAGCAAUCAGAGCCGCAGCUGCUGCAACUGCUGAAAUUGCUAUCGGAGAUGUGGGUGACGGAGAUGAUGCAGACGCUUCGACGCCAUUGAAUGCUCUUCCCCCUGACGUGCACAUAGCUGGAGCUUAUGCCAUGUCAGCUUCUGAGCGCUCAGAUAGCAUACAAAGCAUCCACGUCGAUCCCAACCCGAAAUUCUACAGUAUCUCCGAGGAUCGGACGGCUAACGGUUUUGCAGGAGGGGACCGAGCGAGAAACGGAAAGGCCCAGUCUCAUUGUUAAGUAUAUAAUCAGUAUAUCUUUAAGUAGAAGAAGAACAAUACAGUUAUCUGAGGAACGUUUCUAUCACUAUACUGUUGUUCUUCUCUUCAUAAUGUGUUUGGUCGGUGUCAGUAUUAAAUGUAAGUGUUUUAUGGGCAGAUAAUUGAAAUGCAAGAAGAAACACUACCAGCUCACAGCCAAAUUUUCUAAUGUUUCCACCUUUUUAUAAUAAGCAUAAUCUCCAGUCACCUACACCGAUAAAAACCUAUUUUUAUUCUUUAAAUGUUGAUGACAACCCGUUCUGAGGAGCGAAGUAUUUUAAUAAGUUUGCGUAUGAAAACAUAUAUCUCAGUUUGUCAAUAUGUGGACCCAAUUUUCCUGUUUGGGAAGUUGUUAUGUUUAUUGUAGAGAGGCUUUCGCAUUAACUUACCGGGCUUGGCCGUUAGGAAUAGAGUCAUGUGUAGAGAGUAUUCUGUUUAAAAAGUGAUACUCCCUAAACAUGAAUAUGUUUUAGCUCCGAUCCUGUCUUUGUCUUAACUGUGGUCAUUUGACAAAAAAUAACUGCAUCUUUACAUCAACGGCUUUAAAUUGCGCACAUUCCAGUAUGCCGUUAAUUAAAUAACUGAGUUUUAGUCAGUUAUUUGCAAUUGUGACCUUUAUUCACAUUGGUAUAUUGGUAUGAGCCUGUCUCGUAUAUGAAUGAAAUUGAAUUAGGCCUCUUGACUGCUGGGCUUCAUUGUUGUUACCUGAUUACCUUAUUUAGAAUUAGAGACUACUUGCAGUCGUGUUUAUCACCAGGUGAAAAUUGCUCGCACUGGUGAAACUUUAAUUUGCUCACUCGCUGUAAUUUUAUUCAACUUCUUCAAAUUUUUUUUCAUUAUGGCUAACUUUUCUCGUUCUCCUCGAUACAGAAACUCAUCGUUUUUACGUUUGGUUUGCGUUUGGUUCACGUUAUGCCGUUGAGCACUAAAUGUUUAUUGUCUUAUAGAACUUCAAAUAGUUUACCAAUAAGAUUAACCAUACAAUUUAACACAGGGUGUUUUCCAACCUAAGGUAGAAAAUAAAUGGAUUCCUAAUAUUUUAAUAAAAAAAUCGUAGUAAACAGCUGGUUUAUUUUUACAUGUACAGGGUAUUUAAAUGAAAACGAUCUAAAUGCUCAGAGACAUUACAUAGUUCGCUACGGUAAGUUAGGCUAAUUUAUUAAAAAUGUAUUGCCAGCAAAUCGCCGUUCAACUAAUGUUGUAGUCUUAUUGGCAGGAAAUAGAUUGGCAUCGAUAUUACAACUUUUUCCGAACUUUUAUCGGUUUUAUUCACACGAAACCUAUAACAGUAGAGGAAGUGGCUUCACAGCCACUUGUUAUAUGACAUAAAACUUAUACAAAAAAAAACUAUUUCUGAUAUGGCUUCCCUUGUUGCUACUGCAUAGUAGUAACAACGAAGCGAAACUUAACCGGAAAAAAAUCUUACGCAAAUAAUUAACAGAUUUUGUUUAAUAUGCGAUGCAAAUCAAUUGGUUAACGUUGAUGGUUUAUUUUGAUUAAUUUAAUCAACACAAGUCGAAAGGCGAUUAGAGUGCUUUAUAGUUGCCAUGACAAGAACUUAUUUCCAAUAAUUGCCACUGUAUUUUCAUACAGCGAGAAUGAUUGGAGAUAUUUCAGAACUGAAAUUUAUUAUUUGUAAGUAUAGACAAGAAGGAAAAGCAGAAAAGGAUCAGGGGUCACAAAACAAUGAAUUUUUAUCAGUGUAUGUGUUACGCAAAAAAUUAGAAUGCUCAUUCGGUAUUUUUGCUGGUACCUUAAAGACCCAAUUUGAAAGCGAUUCAAAGUCGCCCCGAAGGACCCGUGCAAUUAUAAUAACAGAUUUAUGGACCUAUUUAAUUGUGAAAAAUGUUAUUGCCUUAGUUAACGUUCCUAAUAUAUACAUGUAUUCAGUUGAAACUGGAAUGCUACAGGGAUAAAUAUCGCGAGACGCAAAUAUUACACAUCUUCUAUUUAGUUUUUGAUCGCAUAAAACUUUUGCCCUGUUAGGUAUAAUUGUAAAUAAGUUUUUCUCCUUGAAGCAAAAAAAAAUCAAUCGACAUUUAUUACAGAACAAUCACUAUCUAUAUCUCAAAGGAGCAGUAACAAUGUAUAUGUUGGGGAAUUUUUUAUAAUAUCUGAGAGCGCCACGUCGAUUUUAAAGGGAGCUCGCAAUUUUGGAUAAAAAAACACGCGAAUAUAAUCUUAAUAUAGACUUAAGCGACCGUUUUUUACCAAAGAUAGAAAUAUUGAUGCUCCUAUAAAUCUGUUUUCAGUAGAAAAAUUAGCGCAGGUAUUAGCAAAUUUAGUGUAACCUGAAAACAGAAGGUUCAUAAAGUGCAGAGUAGACUCAAAAAAAUUCAAAUUGAGGAUAAGGGUUGUGAGAAAUCGCUUUACCAUCAUCAUUGCCUUAGCCGAAUGCAACAUUAGAAUGAGUUUCUAUUUUAAUGUUAAAUUUUUCAACAAUGUUGCUGCUAACAGUUAAUUCACUAAAAUCACUAUUACCAGGCAUCCAUGCAUUUGCAGGUUGUUUGCAUUUUGUGUAACCUAUAGAGUCUGAAGACUGUACGGAUAAUUCAUUCAAAGUUCUAUCUUUGUUUAUUGUAUUAUGUAUGUUAUUGGUUCAGUUUUAAUAUUUAAAACGUUGAUUUGUAUAUAUCGAAAGUUGGCACGUAUAUUUUUACAUGAUCUAUUUUUAAGAUUUUUUGUGACCAGAAAUGAGCCCUCAAAACAAAUAGCCGCCAACAUGGUAUAUUAAAUGUUAUUUAAAUCUAAGAAUGAUGGAAAAAUAAUUGUUGCACAUCUAAAAUUCUACAAAAUGUGCAUGGCCUAAUACUGAAAAUUACAUCACAAGUAAUUGCUUACUACAAUAAAAACUGUUCUUCAGCAAUCUUCCCUUGGAAUGAAUAAUUAAGUCUAUUUUCCCAUCAUCUUCUCGCAUACACCGUUUUCUUAGAUUUUCCUAAAUUUAAUUUUCUGAAUCGCGUAAAAGAUACUUGAGCCCAACAGCAAUGUGUUCUAUUUGAGAUCCUGUUCCGGAAUGUAGUUCUAACUGCAUUUAUAAGUGAUAUAUUUGCUCAACAUCGUUACAAGAUCCACUUUGAAAACGUCUGCAAUAACACGGGUAAGAAGUUUGUUUGGUUUAUUUCUGAUCGCAAGAGUUUUGGUGGAUAGGUUUUUAAGAAAUUAACCUAAACUCAAAAUUGAUUAAAAUAAGUGAUUAACAUAAUGAAAAGUAAUUGAAUAGUUUUAAGUAAAUUAUAUUUUAUAUGUAUGCGUAAUUAGAUUGUAUUGGUCACUGUUAAAUAAUUAGUUGAUCACCAUAUUUUAUGUAACUCAUACCAUCUCCAUUGUUCAAUUUACACAGUAAGAAAUAAGUAGUUCAAUUUGGUCUUUAUAAUCCGAUGUUCCUACAAUGUUUAUUGUUUGCCCCUGUUAAUCCGACUUAUAUAGGUAUACAGGGUGAUUUACGUGGACCGUGAAGACAAUAGAAAGUGCAAUUCACAGAAAAACGUCGAGAGUCAUCAUAAGACAAGCAACUGGAAUACCAGGAAAUUAGGCGUUUGCAUUUAAAAUAAGUCAGUUUAUUAUACUUUUCAUACGCCCUGUACAGCUGGAAGGCUAAAUGUGUUUUACAUGGCUCCGGCACGACUCGUUAUAACGGAAAACAAAAUUUGAAGUUUCUAAAACAACAGUAAGCUGGAAAACUUCUAUUGCACGGUCUACUUAAAUCACCCUGUAUGUCUAUAUAGUUUUCGUGUUAUGCCGCAUAAGUACAAUAAUUUCGUUUUUUAAAUUAGUCUCCCUGCAAUUAUGCUUUAAUUAGAUACAGGCAGCGCAUAUUCUAAGGUUUUCAUUAUAAUAGUUCUAUCGUUGUGUGAUGCAAAAACUGAAUAAUAGACGUGAUAUAAAAGGAAUGAAUAAAGAGCCUAAAUUGUUAUAUAUUUGAUGAAAUCAAUCAUUAAUUCCAUUAAAUUUAGAGCAUUGAAAUUUAAGCAUUCAAGGAACUAUUACGUGUAUUGUGUUUUAGUUUUAAUCACAUAUAAAUGUAUAUACGUCAACCAUUAUUAAAAGACAAUUUGUUUUUACCAUAUGAACUAUUUAGUCACGAUUAGUUGGUAAAAUUAGGACUGCACUCAGCAGUAGAACCUUACUUUCAGUUCCUGUUUAUAAACCCUAUAGCAGCUACGGGAAAACUGCUAUUAUUUAUAAAUUCUAUUAAUGAUAUGUAAACAUGUAUUUCUAUUUUUAAUUAUAUUUUCUACUCUGUGAAAUAUUAUACAUUAUCUAUUAUUUUUUACAAAAUAAAACGUACAUUAAUAUA